AUGAGCGCCCAUGAUUUUGAGAUUUCUACGAAUCGGUUGCGCUCUCGAUCAGUAGUGAACUCGUAUCUGAAAAUGUCAAAUACGACAAUGGAUGUUCCGAAAACCGGAUUCAGUUUCGACCUGUGUAGGAGAAACGAUAUGCUGGCGAAGAAAGGCUUGAAACCUCCUGGGUAUCUUAAAACGGGAACCACCAUCGUUGGCUUAAUCUUUGAGAAUGGUGUGAUUCUUGGAGCAGAUACCAGAGCCACAGAAGGUCCCAUUGUUGCUGAUAAGAACUGUGAGAAGAUUCAUUACAUGGCACCAAACAUUUACUGUUGUGGUGCUGGAACUGCUGCUGAUACAGAAGCUGUUACAGACAACAUCAGCUCUCAACUGAAGCUACACAGAUAUCACACUGGUCGUGAAUCAAGAGUUGUAACAGCACUUACACUGUUAAAAUCUCAUCUUUUUCGCUACCAAGGCCAUGUUUCUGCUGCUUUGGUACUUGGUGGAGUUGAUGUCACAGGCCCUCAUCUCCACACUAUUUAUCCUCAUGGAUCAACUGACACACUCCCAUUUGCCACAAUGGGAUCUGGUUCUCUUGCUGCCAUGGCUAUCUUUGAAUCAGAGUAUCGUGAAGGACUUACUAGGGAUGAAGGGGUAAACUUGGUAACCAAAGCUAUAUGUUCUGGCAUAUUUAAUGACCUUGGAAGUGGAAGCAAUGUUGAUGUGUGUGUGAUAGAAAAGGGUAAGAAGGAGUAUCUGCGCAAUCAUCUCACUCCAAAUCCCCGAACUUACAUUAGUGAAAGAGGCUAUACUUUCUCCAAAAAAGCUGAAGUUCUGCUUACAAAGAUUACACCACUGAAGGAACUGGUUGAAGUAGUUCAAGUGGGAGGAGAUGCCAUGGAAGAAUAAGUUUACCAUUUCUACCAUUUAUUUCAGCAAAUUAUGUCUUCUUUUCGUUUAGAAUGAGCUGCUUGAGUUUAAAUGACACUGAAUCCAGUUGUUUGUUAUGAUGUUAUCAUUUCAUGUUAUGGAAUAUGAAGUUGCUGAAUUUUAUUCAAAGUUAGUAUUCGAAUUUACAAUAUUUA